AAUGUAUUCAAUCUUGUUGAGCAUGGCGUUCAGUUGAAACAGGCAGGAAGAAACAGAGAAUGGAGGAAUGCCAUCAACCGGUCCCAUUCCGUUCAGUUCAAGUCGGUCUGUUGUUCGAGGCACUCAUUUUGGAUUCGUGUUAAAAUUUGCGGCGUUGUUUUUGCACCGUCUAGGAUUAAAUGUUCUGUUAACAGUACACUAAGGAAUUCUACAAUUCACCAAAUAACUAAAAAGUGCACUUAUAGAUGUGUAGUUAAACCAAAUGUUUCAAAUUUGAGAAGAAUCACCAUCAAAAUUGCAGUGAGGAUUACCGAUUAUAUUUGUGACUACCUCAUUUACGGUUUAUACAUCAGUUAACGUAAAUUAUAGCAGAAAAGAAAAAUUUGCCAUCAAUCUGUGUCCAACAGAAGUAGUUGUAGAUCAUAUACAUACCAAAAAGGCGUGAUCAUAUCAAUUGAUUUUAAUUGAUUGUUUAUAUUAAACAUAAAGCAUAGUGAUUGUUCGGCGUUGGUGCAAUGAAAGGUGCAGAAUGAGAAACUCUAUCUGCAAUGUUCGAGUAAUGUUAUCUGGAGCAAAAGAAUAACGCAGCAUAAUACCGUCUAGAAUCACACUACUAGUGAAAAAAAGAGGAAACAUUCAGCAGAACACAGCAGAAUGUGAGAACGGAAACUUUAGUUGUGUGUUGUGCCUUGUGCGGUAACUGAAUAACCUGAUGCCGUUUGUGGUUGUGGACACUAGAAAUCCCCCUGCGAUGAAAAUUCCUAAUACAAAUAACCGACAAUUAUCAAACUAUAACCGAAGACAUUAAACUACAACCUCAAAACUUUGGCUUCAAUUAGUUUUACUUUAUUCUGAUUAAAAACUUCUAUCAAAUGAAAUCGUGCAAGUUGAAAGAAGAGGCAGAUAUAAGCAAAGGAUAUAACAGUCGAAACAGUCGAAAUUACCACAAGCCUCCUCAAUCGUCUCCAACCCGCCUUCCACAAUCUCAACUAUUGCGAAGAGAACAACAUUACGAUUUGAUUCCGCCUGUGACACAUUGCCUACUUUAACCCACACAGCAGUAAGAAGGAAGUAACAAGAUGUUGCAAGCGUUACUGCGACCAUCAUCGUCUGGAAGAAAACUUAUUCCGGUUUUAAUACUCGAGUUGGCUACGUUAGUCGUUGGGUUUGUGUCAUCCAAUGCCGCGCCGUCCAAGUAUAAUCCAGAUGUGGUGCGGAUUAACAAAUGCUGUGAAAAGUUUGAGGUGAUGCUAGAUGGAAAGUGCACCGUGGCUGAGAGCAUAAAUGCAACCGUCUGGAAACCGGAGUUUACUGGCCGAAAUGGAGAACAAAAUGUUCGUGUCGACGCAUUCAAGUAUAUUGUUGGUGAUCCAGACUGUGGUAGUAUGCAGAAAUGGCAAAUUUUUCAUUACGAAAAGAGCGAAGAUAAACUAAUCUUGUUUCCGGAUGGCAAAAUAAGACACUUGAUACUUGAUCCACAUGCUCGAACUGAGCCAGAAGAGGAAUGGGACCAUCUUUAUGCGGCCAACACUCGGAUGGAAGCACCAUUUCAGUACGACUAUGAACAGGGCCAGUACUGCCUUGAUAAGGUACUCAGCAGCAACGAGAAGCAACCGGAUGGAAUCAUCGCAACCGUGUGCUCACCAGAAAAAGCGAAUCGUUGGACCGACAGUGACUUCUUACUGCGCAAAAUAAUCAAUCCAAUCUGCCAUGGGAUCGCGAUGAUCAUUCUACUGGUGGUGGCGAUAGUAUACUUCGUGUUACCCACAUUAAGAGAUCUUGUCGGCAAUAUUGUCACUUCCAUUACUGUGUGCCUUAUCAUUAGCCAAGCGGCUGACCUCGUUAGAAUCUUCACUGAAUUUAGCAAUCACGUGAGCUUCAUAGUUGCAGAUUCCUUCUUCUACAUCAGUCUGUUGGCAGCAUUCUUCUGGCUCAACAGUAUGGGUUACUAUAUAUGGAAAAUGUUCCGAGCAAGAAACGUUUUUCUUAGGGUUACCGACGGUCGCAAAUACUGCUGGUAUUCAGGAUAUGCUUGGGGUGCAACAGCAACAAUGGCGGGAGUAGCUAUCUUCUCCCAUUUUUUCUUAGAUGGACCAAAUGGAAAGAAAAACUCAAGCAUUUUUGAAAAUCAGGAAACUAUUGGAUGGCUUGGAAUCGCUGUUUUCUUCACUCCGAUUGCAUUCAUAAUUAUCACGAAUAUGUUCUUUUACGUCACAACGUUAAAAUUCAUCAACCGAAUGAACACAUAUGGACGAAUACAUCAUAAACUUAAAUGCAAUUUCAUCAUGUUCACCUUAAUAUUCCUUAUCAUGAGUACAUCUUGGCUCUUCCUAGUUCUCUCAUGGCUCCAUUACGAUGCGUUGCUCUAUACGCACAUUGUGGUAAAUGCACUUCAAGCUCCGUGUAUUUUGUAUGUGUGCGUCCUGCGACAAAAGCAUGUUACAUUCCUACUGAAAAAGUCCUGCUGCUACAAUGAACCCCCGCAGACAUCUGACUGGGGUGAUGAAAUGACGUACAUGAAUGGAGGUGACUACUGACCUCGAUAAGAAACAAAACUAAUACAUAAGAUAGGCAUUCAUACUAACGAAUCUCAUAGGUUUAACAGUGGUCUUCCGCGGCAGAAUCCUGUCGGGCAGCAAGAAUGUUAACAUUCCUGAAUCUAUAAGAUUCAAACCUAACGAAGAACAAAACCACAAAUGCAGCAUUAUUUUCAAAACUAACUUAACAGAAAUCGUCCAGUUUAGUUUAAUAGACUAUUGAAUGAAUGAUAAAUUAUUAACGUUAGCCUGUAAGUGUCCUUCUAAUGCUGUACACAAACUGUUUUAUAACUUUG